AUUUCCAGUAGCAUUAAAAAUUCUUUUGGUAGUUUUCAAGAAAAAUAUUUAUUUUGAAUAUACUAUUGUGGCAGCGGGGGCAUGGUCACGUGUCGGUCUGUGAAUGGAGGACGGAGUCAGGGAAGGUACGGUAAGUGGCAGAAUCACUGCACCUGAUGGGAAUUAAUCUGUUUGUGUGUCUUCCCCAGUGACCGUGCCCUAUAAGUGGGGAGCGAGAGCAGAGGAAGGGAGCUCUUCCCCAACCUGGACACGUGCGUGCGCGUGUGUGGGUGGGCGAGUGAAACGAGAAGCUGAAAAGCUAAAAUAAAAGUUUUGUGAGAACUCAGUUCUGGCCUGCCGUGCUUUUGUGCUCCACCCACCUUAACUAUUUCUACAGUGGUGCUGUGACCAGGAUGGAGUACAGAAGAGAACAGCCUCAUGGAGUCCUCCCCCUUCAAGGACCUGGUCCAUGCCCUUGCCACGGCCCAACAGAGCCAGCACCAGGCGCUGGUCACCCUCCGGAAGGAGCAGGAGCAACGGUUCAAAGCCCUGGUGCUGGCGCAGCAGGAAGAUCGCCAGGCAUUCUGGCACCUGCUCGCGUUGGCGGGGUCCACCAUCACCACUGCCACGGACCCUCCUCACCUCACCCUAACGAAGAUGGGUCCGCAUGACGACCCCGAAGCCUGCCUCGCUUUUUUUGAGCAGGCAGCAGAGCCAUGGUGUUGGUCGGUGGAACAGGGCGCGGCGCACCUCCUCCCCCUGCUAACGGGCAAGGCGCAGCUGGCCAUGCUACAGCUCCCCGCCAACAGCCGCAGAGCCGUCCUCCAACGUGUGGGGCGCACCUCGGAGCAGCAACGGCAGCGCUUCUGCGCGCUGCGCCUGGAGGAGGUCGGCCAGCCCUUCGCGUUUGGCCAGCAACUCCGGGAUGCCUGCCGGCGGUGGCUGAGGACUGACUACCACGACGCCGAGGGAAUCAUCGACCUGGUGGCGCUGGAACAAUUCAUCGCCCCACUUCCGGAAGGAACAGCGGAGUGGGUCCAGUGUCAUCGCCCUGCGUUGCUGGAUCAGGCCAUCGAGCUGGCGGAGGACCAUAUGGCGGCUGUUCUGACGGCAGGACAGUGUGUCUCCUCUUCUCCCCUCUUUUCUCUCUUUCUCCUUCUCUCUCCCCCCUUCUGUUCCUCGUCCUCGCCCCAUUCCCCCACUGCGGAGGCGGGGGCCUGCUCCACCCUAGCCGGCCCGCAGUGCCCUACCGUUUCCUACUUCCGUGUCUGUGUCUUCCCCCCCCUCAGGUGAGUGAGCUCCAGAACACCGGUGCAGAGGGAGAGCCUGGGCCGGUUUGCUGGCUCUGCGGGGAGCCGGGGCACCUCCAGCAUCAGUGCUCGGCGAUGGAGGUGGGUGCGGUGGUCCGGAUUCCCGAUGCGCCAGGGACCGCCCUCGAUCGGGACGGAGCGUAUCGCGUACCGACGGAUGCAUCGGACAGAGGGCUGGGGCUGUUCUGUCCCAGGAGGUGGAGGGGGAGGAACGCUCAGUGCUGUACAUCAGCCAGAAACUGUCGGUGCGUGAGGGCAAGUACAGCACGAUCAAAAAGGAAUGCCUCGCCAUCAAGUGGGCGGUCCUCGCCCUCCACUACUACCUGCUGAGGUGCCCUUUCACCCUCUGUUCGGACCACGCGUCCCUGCAGUGGCUCCACCACAUGAAGGAUGCCAAUGCCUGUAUCACCCGUUGGUAUCUGGCACUCCAGCCGUUUAAGUUUGAGGUGGUCCACAGGCCGGGGGCGCAGAUGGUCG